CCGAGUAGCUUUUGUUAAGCUAACUAUAGAAACCAUUCGGAAAGUAAAAGUUAGUAUAGAUAAUAUAAAACAAGAAGACAACGGUUUAAAUAGAAUAACACGCAGUGGUUUAAUGCUUGUCAUUUCACGCUACUCCAUGGUCCUUCAUUUCCCAAAAUGCAUUGUGUUUGUAAUGACUUUUGACCUCUGGAUAAAAACAAGCCGAUCAGCUGGUGUGAGAGCAACAACAUCUACAGGAGUCUGACACAAAACUGCUCAAGCCAGCUGACUUUUUCCACCAACGUUAGCUGUGUGUGUCAGUCGGCGGUGUGUUAUUAGAUAGUCUACGUGUCCAGUUAUAGACUGUGCUGAGGCAGCGUUUUACUUAACGAGUCAGUCGACGUCGGUCGGACUGGCAGCCACUGCUAGCUUGCAGUGUGCCCGUUGUGAACUGGAGCUCCAUCGCCAGGAGCGGAUGAGGAAUCAUGACCGGGUCAAGAUUGCGCCAGGCCACGUUCCUUUCUGUGAUUCAUGCAAAGGUGACAGCAGCUGCUCUGCCAACGGUGGACGGCUCAGAGCGGUGGUGCGCUGCCAGGGUUGUAAGAUCAACCUGUGUCUGGACUGCCAGAAACGCACCCACAGCGGAGUUAACAAGAGAAAGCACCCGCUGACACCCUACCCUCCAGCCAAAGCUCCCCACGAGAACAAUGUGACGGCUGGGGAGUCAGAGAUUGAGAUCCUGAAAGCCAAGCUGGAGAAAGUGUGCAGCUUCCUUUUGGUGGAUGAGAAGGAGGAGAUGCGUGUGAAGGAUGAGGAGGAGUUUGUGAGCAGACUGGAUUGCAGACCAGAUGAGCUCCUCAAGGUAGUCUCCAUCUUUGGAAACACCGGGGAGGGCAAGUCUCACACCCUGAACCAUACAUUUUUCCUCGGGAGAGAAGUGUUCAAGACCUCCCCCACCCAAGAGUCCUGCACGGUGGGUGUGUGGGCAGCUAUGGACCCUGUACACCAGGUGGUAGUCAUCGACACAGAGGGACUACUCGGAGCUGGAGCCAACCAAGGUCAGCGAACCCGGCUGCUCCUCAAGGUCCUGGCUAUCUCUGAUGUGGUCAUCUAUCGUACCCACGCUGACCGUCUCCAUGACGAUCUCUUCAAGUUUCUCGGUGAUGCCUCAGAUGCCUACCUUAAACAUUUCACCAGGGAGCUAAAAGCCACUACCACCCGCUGUGGUCUAGAUGUUCCUUUGUCCACUCUGGGCCCUGCUGUCAUCAUCUUCCAUGAGACUGUCCACACAAAGCUGUUAGGAUCGGACAAACCGUCUGAAUCGGCAGAUCGUCUGCUCCAGGAGCGUUUCAGGAAACUGGGUCUGUUUCCUGAAGCAUUUAGCUCCGUCCAGUACCGUGGAACUCGAACCUACAACCCCCCUACAGACUUCAGUGGUCUGCUGCGCAACCUGGAGCAGCAGCUGGACAACAACACCACCCGUUCGCCUCGUUCUGCCAGUGUCAUCUACAAGGCUCUGCAAGCCCUGAGCGAACGUUUCAGUGGGGAGAUUCCAGACGAGCACAUGACCAGUAACUCCUUCUUUCCAGAUGAAUAUUUCACCUGCUCCAGCCUCUGCCUCAGCUGUGGUUCAGGCUGUAAGAAAAGCAUGAAUCACCUAAAGGAGGGACUCGACCACGAAGCAAAACAUCGAUGCCGCUACUCUGCGCAGUAUGACAACCGCAUCUACACUUGCAAGGCCUGCUACGAGGGAGGGAAGGAGGUAAUAGUGGUUCCUAAAACGACAGCCUCGUCUGACUCACCGUGGUUUGGUUUGGCCAUCUACGCCUGGUCUGGGUAUGUAAUCGAGUGCCCCAACUGUGCAGUGAUUUACAGAAGCAGGCAGUACUGGUAUGGAAACCAGGACCCAGUGGAAACAGUGGUCAGAACAGAGAUCCAGCACAUCUGGCCCGGGUCUGAUGGUUUUUUGAAAGACAACAACAAUGCUGCACAGAGGUUGCUGGAUGGAGUGAAAUACAUUUCUCAGUCCGUGUCUGAACUCAGCGUCAAACCUGCCAAAGCAGUUACCUCCUGGCUCACUGACCAGAUCGCUCCCACCUACUGGAAACCCAACUCUCUUAUCCUGAAAUGCCAUAAAUGUGGGGAAGAGUUCCAGGCCAAUGACACCAAGCACCACUGCCGUGCCUGUGGAGAGGGUUUCUGUGAUGCCUGCUCCUCUAAAACCCGGCCGGUCCCCGAGAGGGGCUGGGGCCUUGCUCCCGUUCGUGUCUGCGAUGCAUGUUUCCACAACAGGGGAAUCCCAACUGAGUUGCUGGAUGCUGCCUUGGAGGAGGAGGGAGGCACCCUGAUAGCCAGGAAGGUUGGGGAGGCAGUUCAGAACACUCUAGGAGCUGUAGUCGGUGCUAUCGACAUACCUCUCGGCCUGGUGAAAGACGCAGCACGCCCGGCCUACUGGGUCCCAGAUCAGGACAUCCACUCUUGCUGCGAGUGCCAGAGGGAGUUCUCCCCUCGUCUCUCCAUCCAUCACUGUCGCGCCUGCGGUCAGGGCGUGUGUGAAGACUGCUCCCAGGAGCGACGCGCCGUGCCCUCCCGCGGCUGGGAUCAUCCGGUGAGGGUCUGCAACGGCUGCAACCAAAAACCUGGGGAGCUCUAGCAGGAAGAGCAGCUGGAGUCAAAGAGAGAACGGUUACACACGCCGGCCUCUAUGAAAACUGGAACUGACAUUUUUGACUUUUUGACCCCUCGUCUCCGGCUUACAGGCUCCCCUGUUGUUUUUAGUGGCAUUUGAGCGGCUGUCACUAGACUGUCUGUGGCAGGUUGGACCUCGUUUUUUUUAACGCUGUCCUCACUUUUCAGUCCUGUGAUGCUAUUUCACUUUAAUAUGCCUACAUUUUACACUGUGAAGAAUACCAGUCAGAGUGAAACUUGAAUAUCAAGAAGGAAAGAGAUGAAACCACUCAGAGAGAUAUGAAACUGAGUAUUGUACAUGCUUGCUUGCAAUUGAGUUCAGGUAAAUUUUCAUGUACCCCUUUUGAUCUUUUCAGAUUUGUAAUAAUGCACAUGAAACACUGACCCCUUUGACAAUCCCUCUCAGUGUGACCCACUAGUACAAUUAGCACCUUUUUGUAGUCUGGGGAUAAACAUGUAAACCAUUUAGUAAUAGCGUUACUGACAUAGCAUCUUAUACUGUUUCCAGCACUUUUAUUCUAAGAUUGUUUCUGCAGGUAUCCUGGAUGUAGCAUUCGGAAAAAUGCACUCUGAUCCAUGUUUGAGUGGGUCUACUGUAUUUUCCUCUGCUUCACCCCUGCACGCUUUAGCUUUCCUGUCACUCUUUGGCUUCGGGAGGAUUCAGCGGCCACUGGUGUACUGUAGCACAGAGAUGCAUUCCAACGUAUAUAAUAACUUAGUAAUAACUACUUAAUAGUAAUAACUACAUAAUCCCUAUAUGGUUGUUUGUGCAUUUGGAUUGGCGGGUUAUCAUAGAACAGCCUUAAUAAUGCUGUCCACAUUGACUGUUUAAAUUUUACAUAUAAUAUACAUAUAUGGGGAAAAACGUUUACUUUAAUAGGGAAAUUUUUAAUGGCCUUGUUUUGUUUUUAAUUAUGUCAAAACUACUUUCUGUUAACAAAUCUGACUGAUGUGGGAUGAAAUGCAACAAACUGCUUUUAUAUAGUGGCUGGCUCACAGUAGGAAUAUAGUGCGGAAAAAGACUUAAAACUAUUUUUGAGGCUGGCCCCUCAAUACGGGAGAUAAUUAGAAGAAUAAUCCUUUAAUCUGUCAACUCAGGCUGUGUAGCUAGUUAGUUAGGAGCAUUUAAUGAGCAGCAGCAACAAGUUAAGUUACAUUCAAGGUUGUCUUUACUGCAAAAAGACACUAUCUGACAAAUACAACAUAUGUUACGGUCCGGCUCUCUACUGGACGCCUCUGCAUUGUGAGAUCUGACUGUAGUGGAGGUUUUUUUUUCAACCGGGAGAGUUGAUUAUGAUGUCAACAAAUAAGCUGAAAUCACAGACAUUAUCGCUGUUCUAUCUCAGACAGAUGUUCAGUGACUACAGAUAUCACACGGAACAAAUCAAUACCUUUAUGUUCAUGUAUGCUCAUAGAAUAUGUAUUAAACUGCAGAAACUCAA